AGCGAAUUGCUGCUUGCAGCACUGGCCCCACCCUGGCCACCGUGUCUUCGGCCUCUGCCCCCCCUCCCUGCACCAGCCGGGGAGGGCCUGGCUGAAGCGCUCGGUCCCUAGGGAACGGUGGGGCAGCCCUCAGCCCCGGGACCCUGCUCAGCCUCGCAGAGCUGAUCUGAGACCUUGCAGACUCACUGCACCCUGGGCUAGGGAAGGGGAAAGGGUCCCCUUCUCCUGACACACCCUGGGCAUCACCUCCCCAGGACGCCCCUUCGCCUCCGACCCCGUCUCAGCUCCUCUCCCUGCAGCCCCAGGCCACUGCCGUGCACCAGCACCAUGGCCACGGGUGAGCUGACUGAGCUGGAGAUGGCCAUUGAGAAGAUCGUCACUGUCUUCUUCACCUACGCGGCAAAGGAGGGCAAGAAAGGCACGCUGACAGCUGGCGAGUUCAAGGAGCUGGUCCAGCUCCAGCUGCCCAACCUGAUGAAGGACAUCCCCUCCCUGGAGGAGAAGAUGAGUGAGCUGGAUGUGAACAAUGACGAGGAGCUGAAAUUCGGCGAGUAUUGGCGGCUGAUCGGGGAGCUGGCAAAGGCCAUGCAGAGGGAGAAAGCGGGGAAGAAGAAGUGACGGGGCUGGUGGGGAGGCUCAGCCGACACAGAGCUAAUAAAAGAGGUUUUCCUGA